AUGGCAGCCAUCACCCGCCGUGUCACUGACUCAUCUGCCAUAGCCGCAUCUCGUAUAGCGGCCGUGGCGAGCAUGGAACUCGAGAUUAAACACUUUGCGAAUAUUAAAGGGCUCCUUGAGAAAGCACAGGACAAAAUCUUCAAACAAAUAUGCGACAAGGAUGAAGUUAGAGCCACCUAUCAAACACUAGAAAAGGCUCAGAAUCUCGUCCUGGAUGGCAAGGCAACAAUGGAAAGCCACAUAAAUGAAGAAGAAUCUGUGCUCAUGCAAUUUUUCGCCGCCGACGAUAUCAGUCGCAUGAUUAAAAUGGAAAUAUUUGCUUGUGUCAGUCGCCUCCGAGCCGACCGAAGAAAACGCGAAGACGAAACACAUUGA